AUGAUUUUGCAUAACAAUAAUCUUAGUAUAACAUUCAUUAUUACAUCCGUAAUAUUUGGAGGAAUUGCUUUAUUAUUAGCUUGUGUUGGCAUUGGUACACCUAAUUGGCAAAGUACUCAAGUUAUCAUUGAUGGACAACGACAUACUAUUAGUACGGCCAACUUUUUCUAUGCAUGUAGUUCAUAUACAAAUGGUACAUUAAUAAGUUGUAAACAUCGUAGUUCUGAUCGUAACAUUAAUCAAUAUUAUCCAAUCGAUGCACGAUGGAAUGAAACUGAAUGGAAUCAACAUCUAGAUGGUGCAGCUGGUCUAUGUAUUGUUGGUAUUGUUUUUAUUUUCUUAGGAACAAUAACAACUUUAUUAAUGAUUAUUGAAGGUUUGGCAAUAUGGAUUUAUUUAAUUGGACCAAUAGGCCUUUUUCUUGCAUGUCUUUUUAUGCUAGCUGGAAUGGCUGAAGGUGCUUAUGUUCUUUAUUAUAAUGAUUAUGCAGCUAAUUUAUAUCAGACGGCACAUUUAUUUACGAUAUUUAGUUUUCUAGUAAGUUGUAUAUCAGCUGGACGUCGUUAUUCAUUUCCUGACUUGAGAGAAAUGAAUAUACCUUUAAGAAAGCAGUAA